GAAGCCUGAAGAGAGAUGAGGCAUCUGGAUAGCAUCACGGACAGUGAAUCUUCAUCCCGUCCAACGCUCUCCACCGCAUAUCCUCCUUUCCUGUCUUUUUUUUCCCUUUCGCUUUUCUUUUCCCUCGUGGGCCCAAGCGGCUUUCUCCUUAAGUUUAGUUCGACUCCUUCUUGUCGCUCUGGAUGCUUGAACUUUUGAUGUCGUUGGAUGAAACCCCCUUAUUAUCUCUGCUUGAUCCUCUUUCCCCUCCGACUCUCUCCUUGUCUCCGGCUAAUCGACUGCCACGACAGUCAAGCAUAGCUUAUUCUUCUUCUGGCUUUCUUGUCGCUGGAAUUGCUACUAAUUAUUCUUCUUCUUCUUCUUCUGUCUCCCUAUCCCGGAGGCUUUUUGGCCUGGUCUGGUGGCUUUUGGGCUUAUACGAACCCUGUCGGACUUGCCGAGUAGUUUUUUCUUUUUUCUUUUUUUUUUUUUUUCCAUCUUUUUCCCUUUUUCCUCCAUUAUUUGUCCUUUUUUUAUUCUUUCUUUUUCCUGAAGAAAGAAAAAAGAAAAUAGUCCAUUAUCUAUUAUUCUAUAAUUCUUCAGCUUUUCUACAAGUCAGAUUCGCCCAUCCGUGGUUCGCUCCUCCUCCGCCUUUCUGCCAGUAUCCGCUCGUUCUUCUUUAGGGGGUUCACGGGACUGUCCACCAACUACCGACUAAUUAACUACCUCAUCUCUCGCUCUCUCACAUCUCUCCUCACUUGCUUAGUCCCUGGUCUGAUCCAUUCCGUCCUCGUCAGACAGGUCAAUUCUUCUGCCUUUUUUCUCCUAUUGAAUCUACCGGGUCGGAAAUUUGCUUUCCUAGAUUCGCGUCGGUUUGCCUAU